GUCCCGUUGAGUGGAGCGGCAGCACGGACGGACAUUUUCAUCCUGAAGCGAAACAAAUAAAGCAAAAUAAGAGAAGAAAAGCAGCGGAAGAAGAACAACGAGGUCUUUUCUUGCUUGAGGUCAAACUUCUACAGUCAUCAUGGCAGAUGAAUCAGACAUGCGCAAUGAGCUGGCCGACCUGCAGACGCGCGCAGACCAGAUAGCCGAUGAGUCUUUGGAGAGUACCCGGCGUAUGCUGGCUCUGGUGGAGGAGAGUAAAGAUGCUGGCAUCAGGACUCUGGUCAUGUUGGAUGAGCAGGGAGAGCAACUGGAGCGCAUCGAGGAGGGGAUGGACCAAAUCAAUAAGGACAUGAAGGAUGCAGAAAAGAAUUUGAACAAUCUAGGACAGUUCUGUGGUCUAUGUUCAUGUCCCUGUAACAAGAUUAAGGGCGGGGGCCAGGCCUGGGGAGGGAACCAGGAUGGAGUGGUGAACAGCCAGCCCGGUGCUCGAGUGGUGGAUGAGCGUGAACAGAUGGCCAUCAGUGGGGGCUUUAUCCGCAGGGUAACAGACGAUGCCAGGGAGAAUGAGAUGGAUGAGAACCUUGAGCAGGUGGGCGGUAUCAUUGGGAAUCUGCGUCACAUGGCCCUGGACAUGGGUCAGGAGAUUGACACCCAGAACCGCCAGAUCGAUAGGAUCAUGGAGAAGGCCGACUCCAACAAGACCAGGAUUGAUGAGGCCAACCAGCGUGCUACAAAGAUGUUGGGCAGUGGCUAAAUUGCUUCAAAAAAAGUGCUUUCAUCCCCGUUUAACCCUUAUCACCCUAAGAAUAACAACACCAACUAAACCCAGCCCAGCCCCCGACACCAACAGCCAGUGCCCGAUUCCUAUGCUCGACAGUAGGCGCUGCAGCAUCAUGCUUUUAUUGUGUAACUUGUAGAGGUUUGCACACAUGCACAUAUCAUACAUCCCUCUCUACCCUGCCCAUCACCUCCCUCCCUUCUUCUCCUCGUUGUCGGUGAUGUUCUGUGUUGUUGCUCUUUUGAUUUUGUUAAUAAAUUAUAGUUCUGUCCACUGGAAUCCUCUCCACACUGUACAUAGUGCUUCUUAAAUGGCUACAUUGAUCUAGAUCAUUUGUCUUGUUCUCUUCAUCACACUUUUUUUAAGUCUGUGUGUAAUAUAAACUGUAUGUACACCCUGUUCCAACAUGUCCCAAUGUCAGUAUUAUGCUGUCGUCAAUGUAAGACUCACUCUGUUGUGAUGUCGUGAUGCUAUUUGAUGAGGCCACAGUGAUAUGCAGUGAAUAUAGUGAACAUGCAGCCCUCACAGCUUCUUAACAAGGCCACUGUUUAAAUACAAAGUCAUUUAUUGUAGAUAAAUUAUAUAGUUAGAAAGUACCUGAGCCUGAAAUGGCUUAUUGAUCUGACUGUUAGCUUACUCUUACCAAGAGCAGUAUUAUUGCAAUUUGAUGCCAUGAUUGAUUGUAUACACCUUUUCCUCAGGGAGCCAAAUCUGUCCAUCCAAAAGCAACUGAUCUGUUUGGAUCCAUUAAACCUGCACCAUAAGACUAAAAGUAAAUGCAAAUAUGUGAAAUUGUUUGUGGUCUGAGUAGCACUGUUGAAGGAACCAACGGGCAUUAACCAUAACCGCAGACAUUCACUACAAGUUGUCAUAUCUCAGCAAGCGUUUACGUCUAAUUUCUAGUCAAAAAUAUCUCAUUAGGCUUAACAAAAGCCUCAUUCAUCUAAAAAGUCCAAAUAAACAUCAUUUUUCAAGCUGUAAAAGGCUAAAAACAAGGCCUGAAUUGCUAGUAGAAAAAGUAUCUGUCAUUGUAGCAAGCUUUUUAUAUCUUAAAAAAAGAUGUUUUUUUGGCCUUUUUAGAUAAAUGUGGCUUCUGAAAAGAAAAAUCAGUUAUUUUUGUCUGGAAAUCAGACACUUUACUUGUUCAGACUUGUGUUUUGCAGUGUUGGGAUUGAUACUGAAAGGAUGUGGAGCCUAGUUAGAGUUCAGAGUUCAACACACACCAACUCCUUUAUCACACCAGGCUAGACUCCUUUACCCAUGAUUCAACCCUUUCAAUAUAAAGUCCUGCUUCAAGUGUGUUAUGCAUGUCCAUCCGCUGCUAGAAGACACUGAAUAAUUCAUCUAUCCAGGCAAAAAAUAUCCUAACAUGGCAACCGCAUGCUACGUAUGUAGGCCACACAGAGGAGGGGCUCUUAUUUAUCUGCAAUAGUGCCACUCUUUUUGUUUCAUGUCUCUUUACCUUUCCAGACUGUGAUCACCACUGUAAAUUAAACCUUGGAAAAUGCCAAUAAAACCAUCAUAACUG